GCCCCUCACUACAACACCCGCUUCCCCCUCCACCUCCACUUCCUUCGCUCCAUGCUGCUGCUGCUGCUGCUGCUCGUCUGGUCUCGAAUCGCUCCCCAUCAUCAUCCUCAACGAUUUGUUUGUGUGUGUUGUUGUUGUUGGUUGCGAUGCUGUUGGUGACGCUGAACGACGUGCAGCUGCCCUUUGUGGUGGCGUGCAUGGUGGAGGGGCAUGUGCAGCUCAGCAACCCGGAGGAGGACAUCAGCCUGGGUCAGCCACGCUACUGCCCACGCAUCGACGGCCCGGACCUCCAGCAACAGUUUGUUCUCCCAGACCACGUAUCGGACCCCGCGCGGAAAGCCGUGUUGUGCACGACGAUCCUCGUCAAUGGCGCCACCAUGGCAACCAGCCAACGCGCACUGCAGUUCCCACCAGAGGGAAGGCAGUUUGUUGUCUUCCAGGACUUCUGGCGAGCCGCACUGCGUCGCAAUGCACAGGAGGUCCGCGUUGGCCGCUUCAGCGUCACCGUCCGUCGCCACGACGCUCAGGUGUAUGUGCCUGGUGCACCUUCCAGUGUGCAGCCUGAGGAAGAGCAGCAGCAAGCGUCUCCGACGGACAAGCACGAAGACACUGACCAGGACAAGGCGAACGAGACAACAGACGCGAUGGCAGCGGCAGCCUCGAUCCACCAGGGAAAGGUGGCGGAGGGGAAGUCAAACGCAGAUGGUACUGCAGACGGCGACACGGCAGCCGAAGCAAACGCAAAGCAUGGCGCGAGCACCCAGCAAGGAAAUGAGACCUCAAGCACGAGCACACACACGAAGAAAGAGGGCAAGGAUGGCGAUGAUGGCGAUAAUGAUGACGACGACCGCCCAACAGCACAGCGCCCGCCAUCUGCAGCGUCACGACGCGAUGAUAAGAGCAGCGUUCGAAGCAUGUCCAUCAAGGGCAAGAGGGAUGGUGAUGAUGGCGAUGAUGUGGACGAUGGCGAGCUGCCCGCUGAAGCGCAGACUGUUGGUGUUGGCGAAGGGUUACCCACAAGUAUGUUGCGAGAGAACACAGGCGUCAUGUCUGCCGAUGAUGUGGCCAAGCUGGUGUCCUCCUAUGACGCGCUCACACACGCCAUUCGCAAGGCUGCAGAGGAGCUGCAACUUGAGCGGCAGCGGCAGGGCGAUCUCGACCGAGAGCACAGACGCGUCAAGCAAAUGCUCGCAGAGAACAACGCAAGCAUGCAGGUUGAGUUGAGUAUGGACACAAUGCCCACGCUCUCUGGCGACGAGUUGGUGUCGUCCUAUCUCAGGGCUGCAGACACCUAUUCCGCGCUUAUUGCCGAGAAGCGCGCGCUCACAGCAACACUCACGUCCGUUCAGAACGAGCUCAUUCAGCGCCGGAACGAAGAGGCGCAGCUGCUCACGCUCAGGGACAAGCACGCCGUCGACUGCAAGAACACACACAACUUACAGGCCGCCCUCAGGCGCGCAAAGCAAUAUCGCGCGCUCUGGUCACAACAGCACCAGGUGAUCCGCGAGCUUGAGAAGGCGAUCCAGACCCUGAGCCCUUCCCUCAUCACCAAAGACACCAUGCUGGAGGGUGUGCGCCAUCAGCGCUCGCUUGCACAGAAUCUCGCCCUGCACCGCGCGUGGAUACAGGCCAAUCGCCAGCGCCGCAAGCAGCAGCAGGCCGCAGCAAAGGACAACGAGGAUGCUGAGACCCGCAAAGGGUCUGAGGCCGCCGCACAAGCGCAGUCGAGUGCACCGCAGCCACGCCGACGGCAGCCAACGGUGGAGGAAGCAACGACACUGGCCACAUUGAGGGAGCGAAAGCGAAGCUUGCAGGCACAACUCAAGGCAGCGGCAGGGAAACAUCGACAGGAAACACAGCAGUUGCAAGCAAAACUGUCAUCUCUUCUGGAGGACAGCAGCUGACACCUGCCAGCCACAGAGGCACAGAAUGAAGGGCAGAAUGUGGAGGAGCAGGAAGAAGGAGAAAUAAUGUGUGAGAAAGUGUACAAAGCAGGCAUUGUGAAGGGACAGUCUUGACAGCCUUGUGCAAACAACAAAUAGAAAAACUUCACGGGGA